UGAGUUUACCUUCGGUCACCGUGUGCCGUACUACAGACUUACUGUGAAGGGCAACAACAAUGAUGGACACCCAAACACCCUUCACACCUAAUUCGAGACCACAAUCUCCAUCACAGAACUUCAAUCAAACCGUCCCUCUUCCUCCCAUACCACCACCAUCCUCUUCCUACGUUUCACCAAAGCUUACCAUCCCUUCUCUAUCCCUCCAACUCGAUUCCGACGACCUCACCCCACUUCCAACUUCCAACACUCCUAGAGAUAUUUCAUUGGAACCUCUUUCCAGUACUGCACAGCUUCUCAUUUCAUCAAAGAUGGGUUUCCGUACUCCAAAAUCUGGAACACCCCGUCCUCGCACCGCUGGUGAAGGCGAUAGCGCAUCCCAUGGUUCCGCAGCGCAGAAGUCUCCAGACAGACCGCUUAACGUCACCGAUGCGCUCAGCUACCUCGACGCGGUCAAAGUUCAAUUUCAGGACAAGCCAGACGUAUACAACCACUUUUUGGACAUCAUGAAGGACUUCAAGAGCGAAGUAAUUGACACACCUGGAGUGAUCGAGCGCGUGUCGAUGCUAUUCCAUGGCAAUCCAUAUCUUAUUCAGGGAUUCAACACUUUUCUUCCCCCUGGCUACAGAAUAGAGAUGUCAGCAGACCCGCACGACCCUAAUAUUAUCACCGUUACAACGCCGUUAGGGACUACCACUCAGAGCACAAGCACCUUCGAGCAGAUCUCCCGCGUCACUCGUGACCCCGCUACAACCAAGUCUUCCCUUCCCCUUCCACCAACCGCUGGACCAGCGUUUCCAAUGACCCGUUCGAUGACACCAUCGAUGGCUCCCUUUCUGGUUCCGCACAUGCCACAGUCUGUAGAUACGUAUUCCCCAAGCCUUCAAGUACCCUCCACAACUGCUGCUGCAUCCUUUCUUGGCAAUUUGUCCAAUCGAAACGCAGUAGAAAACAAAUCAUCAGAGGAAUUCAACCAUGCAAUAAAGUACCUAAACAAAAUCAAGGCUCGCUAUUCCGACGACCCCGAUACAUACAAGCAGUUCCUGGAAAUCUUGCAAACAUAUCAGAAGGAGCAGCGUCAGAUUCAAGAUUCGCAAGUAUACGUGCAAGUGCAAGCCCUGUUUAAGGAUGCUCAAGAUCUGCUCAGUGAAUUCACAGGUUUUUUACCUGACCUGAGCGGGGCUGUCAGCACUCUUCCACAGCAAACUAGUGGUCCAGGUGUGCCAACACCUUGGGUAGAUGCAGGUGACAAGAACGGCAAGAAGACGCAGCUUCCGCCUAAAAAACGGAGAAAAGCUCCAGAGAAAGAGACCACGCCUGCGCCAGCUGUGCGGACUGUCCCAAGUCGAGCCAAGAAGCCCAAGCACAUGCACAAAGGGGCCGACCCUGACUCUCCGCAGUUCAAUUCAUACGGGUUACCGGAAUCUCCUCCCCAUCAUCCCCUGCAAUUGCAUGCUAGUAUGCUACCGCCACCCCAAAUGCAUAAUCUAGUGUUACAAGGCCCCCAGCCAGUUGCCAACGUUCAGUCAGCACCUGAUGAACUUAUCUUUUUUGAGCGUGCAAAGCGCACGUUGGAGAGCAAGGAUACAUAUGAGGAGUUCCUCAAGCUCUUGAACAUGUACUCCAAGGACAUCAUCAAUGCGAAGACACUUGUGAACAUGGCUCAAGUGUAUUUGGGCGAUGGCGAUCUACUCUCGCAGUUUCGGGAAGUGGUUGGGAUCGAUGAACGGCAGGACAGUAUCGAACAUGGUCCUCCCGGGAGUAUCCGCACCGGGCCGCCAGAAGCUUUGUCUGCAUUGCCAGCUGAGGAUGGUGAAGGUCCAAGCUAUCGUCGGUUACCCGAAAGCGAAGUUCAUUUGGCAUGUUCAGGUCGCGACGAACUCUGUCGCUCCGUGCUCAAUGACGAAUGGGUAUCACAUCCGACAUGGGCAUCUGAAGAGGCAGGCUUUAUCGCGCACAAGAAGAACUCGUUUGAAGAAGCGCUGCACAAGAGCGAAGAGGAACGACACGAAUAUCAUGUCCAGCUUGAAGCCCUCGCACGCACGAUCGCUGUUAUAGAGCCCAUUAACUUUCGCAUUGAAGAAAUGACCAAUGAUGAACGCUCCAUUUUCCGACUCAAGCCUGACUUUGGUGGCUUGAGCAAGAACAUAUACCACCGGACGCUGAAGAAAGUCUACGGCAGAGAUGCUGGAAUGGAGGUCAUCCAAGCUCUUCAGGAGUGUCCCAGCGUCGCUGUGCCUGUUGUCCUCGCUCGGCUGAAACAGAAAGAUGAAGAAUGGCGACGCGUCCAACGAGAAUGGAACAAAACGUGGCGGGAGGUCGAUGCCAAAAAUUUCUACAGAUCUCUUGAUCAUCAAGGGGUCACGUUCAAGUCGAAUGAUAAGAAGGUCGUCACUGCCAAACACUUUGUAGGAAAUAUCGAGUCAGUCAAAGCUGAGCAAGCAGAUGCGCGCGCGCAGCAGGGUCCACCCUCAUUCGCUACUGCUUUGCCAGGCCACCAACUGGAUUUUCCUUUCAAAGACAUGACUGUCCUUCAAGACUCGCUUAAGUUGGUUUACUCUUUCCUGGAUCAUUCCCAUGCGCACUAUACACUACAGGAACGGCGUGGAGUCGAAGGUUGGUUGCGAUCGUUCAUUCCCCUCCUAUGUAUGUGCCCUGCCGACGAGUUCAAUGCUGGUGGACGUGGCCCUUCGGGGAACGUAGUGACCGCGGGCGACCUUCGUAAGCGGUUACUGAAAUCCUCGCAAGACAACCCCGUUGGGUCAGAGGGUCUGGAGACAUUUUCGUUAUCCAAAUCAAGAGGGACCUCGCCUCAUUCCGAGCGUGUAUUAUUUGAUGCCACCCUGGAGGACAGCAUAAGCGCAAGGUUGGCUUCAGCCCAAAAUAGCUCCCCGGAUCAGUGGAUCCGCGACGCACGAAAACCUUUUUUCGGGAACACGACGUUCUAUACUGUGUUCUGUUUGUUACAGUUGAUUUAUUCUCGUCUGCUCGUGUGUAAGGAACAGGGCGCUCGUCAAACUGCAAAAGGUCUAAAUCCUGCGGACUGCAAUCCUAUUGCUAUUGAGUUGGGGUUGGAUGAUCCGAAUGGACCCUCUGCUAUACUUGCACAGGCUAUGGAGGCUGUAUGCAAUCGUCAGGCCCGUGACGCCACUGAUGUCGUAUACCUUUACAUGUUGGAGGCGUUUGAGAAGCUCUUUGAUAAUGAGCUUGAUCAGGCAACGUUCGAGGAACAUAUGCGAUGGUUUUUCGGCAACAAGGCAUAUUACCUUUUCACGUUAGACAAGAUACUGUCUUCAUUGAUCAAGCAGGUGCAAAUUCUCUUGUCAGAUAACAAGUGUCAGGAGCUUUGGAUACUACUUCAACAAACGCGGAAGAUGGAUGCCCUUUCCAAUCAAAACAUGAUUCGCUAUCGACGCGAGGCGGAACGUCACGUUGGUGCCGACGAACAUCUGUACAGGUUCGAUUGGCAUCGGUCUUCCAAAACAAUGUUCAUUCAACUGGUUGAACCAGACGAUCCUAGUGUGAAUGGAGAUGGAGCGGCGAUUAACCGGUGGCGAGAAUAUCUCGACUCGUACGUUCUACGACACCCGACGGAAUGGCUGUCACAACCAAAGCGUGAAGGAAAGGUAUUUUUGCGAAGGCACAUGACGAUCGACGAAUCGCCGCGAGGCACAUCAAGCUGGGAUUCCAUGAGUAUCCGAGUUAGCCUAGGGACGUACAAGAUGUUCUAUGAAUCAAGCGCUGAAGAUGUGUACGUCCGGCCGAGGAGUCAGGAUGAGGAGAAGGUGCUUAGAGAAAGAGGGAAAGUUCGGGAGGAAGAGCGAAAACGAAGUCGAUGGUUGGCGAAUAUGAAUGUUGAGCUUAAAUAACUGAUAUAGAAAUAGCAGUGGUAUGUGAUAUAUCACACAUGUCAAAUAGGAUUCUUCAUUUAGCAGGGACGGAUGAGACUCUGAAUAAUAGUUAUUUAUUUAUUUAUUA